AGCAUCAAGCUACAGGACCUCAGGGUUUAAGAGGCAAUCACCAUGGCAACGCAGUUCAGUAUCGAUGAUGCCUUUGUGUUGGAGGGAGACGAGGAGGGAGCUGCGUCAAAUGGCGAGGCGGAGGGAUGGAAGGGCCGAGACAAGGAAAGAGAAGGAGGAGAGAUGACGUUUGGUCCUCUUACUUUCUCUAAACCUCAGACUCACCCUCUACCUGCUGCCACUGGCUCCCCUGAACACAGUAACCUGAAGUAUCAGAACCUGGAAAAUGAAGAUGCCUUUGGCAACAAUGGCAACUCCUCUUUCAAUAACUUUUUUAAAAUCAGUGACCCGGCCACACUGUCUUACUGCAGCUCCCAGUGGUCCUUCAGCACCUUGAGUUCCGUCACACAUCUUUCUGCACACUGCUGUGGGUGA